UCUAUCUCGAUCGAUGUCGGGCGGAAAUUCCAGCGUCUCUGGCGAUCAUCUUUCUGGGACGUUUAAUAGGCUCGGCGUGGGAAGGUCGCCGGCGUGGCGGGGGCAGCAGGCUCGCCGGCAGAUCCGGACCGUCCCGGAGGGUGGUUGCGGGACUGCUGAUAAGUCGCCCGGGGAGGUCGGAUGCGAAGAGGAAGGGAAGCCGUCGAAGCAAGGGGCGACUCUGCCUAGGGAACAGCGGGAGUCGAUUAGGUUAUCCUUGGUGAAGAGGAAGAAAGACUUCAAGCACAUGGAGAAGGUGAAUGGCAGGUGGAUCAAUGUGCUGGAGGGGCUCGAGCUUCAUACCGGAGUGUUCAGUGCGGUUGAGCAGCGACGGAUCGUCGAUUGCAUCUAUGAUUUCCAGGACAAAGGAAGGAAGGGGAUGCUUAGAGAACGAACCUAUUCAGAGCCGAGGAAAUGGAUGCGAGGGAAAGGUCGUGUGACGAUUCAGUUUGGCUGCUGCUAUAACUAUGCAGUGGACAAGCAUGGGAACCCUCCAGGUAUAAUACGAGAUGAGGAAGUUGAUCCCAUUCCUCCUCUACUGAAAUUGAUGAUCAAAAGAAUGGUGGCGUGGCAUGUUCUUCCACCUACAUGCAUACCCAACAGUUGCAUCGUCAACAUAUAUGACGAGGAUGACUGCAUCCCUCCUCACAUUGAUCACCAUGAUUUUGUCCGACCAUUUUGCACAGUUUCUUUCCUAUCAGAAUGUGGAAUAUUAUUUGGAACAGAGCUCAAGGUUCUUGGACCAGGAGAAUUCUCUGGUUCGUCUGCGAUUCCUCUUCCUGUUGGGUCUGUGUUAAUUUUAAAUGGAAAUGCUGCUGAUGUUGCGAAACAUUGUGUACCAGCCGUUCCCUCUAAAAGGAUUUCUAUUACAUUCAGGAAAAUGGAUGAUAGUAAGCUCCCAUAUAAGUUCUCCACAGACCCAGAUUUGCAGAAUCUUCAACCCCUUUGGUACCCACCUAAAGCGGUUCCAGUGCAGCAGAACCAAGAUCAAAGUUCAUCGAUUCCAGCAGCACAUAAUUUAGAAAUCCAUAAACAUCAGAAUAAUCAAAACCCAGAUGUCCAUCGUGUGCAUUCAAAUCCAAUCGAGUCGACAAUAGAUAGCCCCUUCAAGAUACAUGGGGAUGAUUUCCCCCCACUUGGUUCUGGCUCAUCUGCCCGUCCAAACCGGACAACCCGAUCUUUUCGGCAGUGAUUUAGUUUGAGUUGCACCUACGGAGUCAUCUAAGUUUUUGUCCUUCUUUGUGAUUAUAUCAUUUUAAUUUGCAUAAACUGGGUUUUGUAAGUCAUAUUAUAAAUCAUACUGUAGUUGGAAGAACCCAGUAAUUUUGUGGUGUUAUCUGUACACUGUUUAUACUGGUAUCUGAACUGAUAAUUCCAAAAUCUGUGUUGAGUUCUUUCUUUUUCUGA